ACCAUUUAUUUUAAGCAUUGGCUAAUCGCAGGCAAGUCACUUAUUGUCGGAACUUGACAAACUUAAAACGGUGCGUUUAACGAGCAAGGGGAAUACAUACAACCGUUAAGGACAGUGGGCGUACUGAAAGAAAAUCGCAAGGCAACGGCGAGAUCUUUGACUUAAAAGUGCCAGAAAACUUGAAUUGCUUCUCUUUGAUUGAUUUUCUAGCGACAGAGUUUGUUUAUAUUUGGCUCGUCUUUUUUUUAACCCGAAGAAGGAUUUCUAUUUGGUGCAGCAGAAGGAUGGGCAAGAAUCAUCAGUCACUCAAGCCUGGAGAAUGUAAAAAGCAAAUGGUACCCACACCAGAUCCUACAGCCUGUUUCAGGACAUUGCCGACACUAGUCAGUCUACUGUUAUCAGUCGCUUCUGUAGCAUUGUGUUUAUUAUUAAAUGUUAAGACGACAGUGUUGCAAGAUAAAGUAAAGCUAUUGGAAAAUCAGAAAGGAAGCAUUUCAUUGCAAGCGGCGCGAGACAAUGCAGAUUUGUUGUUUGUGCUACAGAAGAGAAUCGACCAACUUCAGGAGGAGUUAACAAACACAGUUGGAAAAAUCAGGACAAUUAGAGAUGUUACAUCUGAAUGUCUUUGUCCACCAGGUCCCCCAGGGAAGCGAGGCAAAACAGGAAGAAGAGGAGCCACUGGGCCUUCCAGGAUCAAAAGGAGAAAAGGGUGAUCAAGGUUACUCUGGAUCAGCAGGUUCUCUAGGUCCAACAGGUCCUCCAGGAGUCUCAGGAAAAGAUGGCCCACGUGGAUUUCCAGGAGCUCCAGGUGAACCUGGGGAGAAAGGUGAAAGUGGACCUCCAGGAUUGAAUGGUAUAGUGGGUCGUAAAGGAGAGUCGGGGCUCCCAGGAAUUCCAGGACAGAAAGGCGACAAAGGAGAAACUGGUUCCUUUGGUCCACCUGGUGAACCAGGUUUGAAUGGUAGUAAAGGUGAAAAAGGUGAUGCGAGUGAAAAAGGUGAUAGAGGAUUCCCUGGUGUACAGGGAAAUCCUGGUUCAAUGGGUCUUACAGGUCUCCCUGGUCAAAAGGGAGAAAAGGGAAAACCAGGUGAACCAGGAUUAGAUGGCUUUCCAGGACUCAGAGGGCAAAAGGGGAACAGAGGUGAAAAAGGAGACAAGGGCGAAAGAAGUCAUCCAGGCAAAAGAGGGCCUAAGGGGCAGAAGGGAGAUCAAGGCCCUCCUGGAUUAGAUCAACCUUGUCCAGUGGGCCCUGAUGGUCUGCCAAUUCCAGGAUGUUGGCACAAGUGAUUACUAAUUAGCAAGCAAGGAGUUGUGUACAUGCUACUUGUGCUUGACGAAGAAACUCAACUGAUACCAUGUUAAGCCUUGCGUAUUGGACAAGGACCGAGUUGUAUGGAACAGAUAUUAUUCCCUAUUUUCAUUUUAUCCAUUUUUACUAAAAGUGGAAGAAAAGCAACAUAAGUUAGCUAUGAUAAAGAUAAAUAUAUCUCACAAUUCCAGUUGUGGAUGUCAAAGCACCAGUGCGUCACAGGUAACUUCAAUUGAAGAUUGCAUUAGUAACUUCUGGAGAUAGCCUCUAGGCAUUGUGAUAGCCGGUAUCUUAUUAUGAAAAUAAGUGUUUGAUGCUCUCAGUGACAUCAUUUUGCAUGUAGCUGAUGAGAAACCCUUAAGGAUGCAAGUGCUACAAAAAUAAUACCUUCCACUUUUAUGACACCUGUACCCACUCGGGCAAAUCCAGAAAUGCCUGGAGACUCAUAUUCCUGAGUGAAGUUUCUUAUUUCUGCUUCUAAGUGGAGUUGCCAACUUGAUCAAGCCACAUUUAUCAAAAUUUCAACCCAUUCCAGGAAUAUUAUAAGAUAAACUGCAGUUGGUGCUAGUUUGUACAUAUCAAUCAAGAUUAAUUCAGACAACCCUUUUAAAUAAACUCAGAUUUUGCUGUGCUCAAUGGUUCAAUUAACAGCACUACCUUCUGCAAUAGCUGUCCUAUUUUGAACAUGUAACACAUGGGACCUCUCAGAGCUUCCAAACACUGGAAAUACUGCUAAUUUGCACCUCACUCAAUCCCACCACAUUGCUAAUCUCUGCAAUUCUUCAUGAAAAACCCUGGGAAUUAGGAGAAAAGUUCACCUUUGAAUUAUCAGCACUAAACAUGUAUGAGAAUAUCAGCCACCAGCUGUAUUCACAUUAGCACUUUUGGCAUCGGUGAGAGUUCUCAUCUAUGCAUAUAGAGUGGCCACAAUAAUCAGCAAAUACUGCUUAUGAAAAAAAAUUUUGCUUUAGCUAAAGUUUUCCAAGGUUUAAGAUCUCUUCAGUUUUGCAUCUUAUCUUAGCCUCAAUUUCAUUAAAACAGGAACAAAUUUAGGUUGAAGAUAAUGGUUUAGGAACAGGCUCUAGCUUGACAUUCCUAGUAAUGGAGGAGUAGAUGAAAUUAUCCACAUCGUCCUUCACUCAGACUUAAAGUAUUAUUCAGGCUGCCAUUCUUAUCAUCCUGCCUUAUGCCUAUGAAACAUUUAACAAAAUAUUCACCAUGUUAAAAAUUAAAAACAUUUUCACCUAAGUUGCUCAGACAUCUAAUGAAGAUCCAUUACAAUGAAGCUCUUUACAAAGCUCUCCUGGUAAGCAUGAAUUCUCUGCUCUUCAAGGUUCAACUAUGGUCAAGUCAGGUAAAAUGAUUGUUUAAUGAAAAAAUACCUAAGAAGAUCUUCAUAGCAUCUUGACAACUUGGAAGACAUUUUUUGUUCUGGUCAGCGUAACAAAUGUAAGAACUUCAAAAUGACAUUAGUUCAAAGCAAGUAUCCAUUGAGGGAACAACUUCCUCAAGAUGAGAGAGCAAGAUAACAAGCCACCCACGAUGGGAUUACAUAUCAUCAGGCUGGUUGAGUUGCUGAGGAAGUCUCACUUAAGAAAUAAAGAUAUUCUAAUUUGAUGUCCCUAUGAUCUGCUGUUAUACAAGUUUGUUUUGUCACAAUGAAACUCGCUGUAAAAAUUAAAGUUAAAGAUGAACAGCAAAUGGUAAUUACCAAUAGGUAUUUUAUAUAGCACAAACCAAGGAUGAUCUUCCUUGUACAUGCCAGUGGCUGUGUGAGAUAAACCACAAAAUAGAAAAUACUCAGAAACCCCCUGGUGACAUCUUGUAUCUUGUUAUCUGUGCAAUUAAAAGGUAUUCUUGCAAACAACAUACAUGUUGACAUUGCUUGCACAAAUCUCACAGCUUCUAAUAUGUCAAUAUCAGUACAUUGAGCAGCCUUUAUUCUGUUACGUCUUGUACCUUCUUAAUUCAUUGAAAAUUAAAAAUAUUUGUCAUUGUUUAUCAUAGUAUGUUAUACAUUUAAAAGUUUUUAGAAAUGCGAAGUACUGUAAUAGAUUUUGGAUUUGAUUACUUUUGGGCUUAAGUUAUAACUAGAAAUAGCUAAAAUAAAGGUGGGCUUUUUUCCCUAAGAAGUGCAUUUACAAAUAAUUAAUUUGUUUGCAUAAUAAUUGAUUUUAUGAAAAAUAGACUUUUUUUCUAUAGCAUGAAAAAGUAUUUGGAAAUUAAUAAUUAGGCCUUCCGAGUGUUUCAAAUAAAAAUGUGAA